AUGCAACAGUUUUUGAGUAACUUUACGACCUCAAACAAUGCACUUACUGCACAAGUGCAAUCACUGCAAAACGAAAUGCAGGAUCUUAAGGGAGAGAUAGCGCAGUUGAAGGAGGAGCAUGAAUUGGGCAAGGCCACCGGAAACAAGAAAAUGAGUGCAAGGAACAUCUCGAAUGACCAUCCCAAGUUAAAAAUGAUCAUUCAUCCCAUGUUUCCAGAUCUGUGCAACAUCUCCCGGUCUUUAAGUAAAUCAGCCCGAGCCAAGCUCUUGAAUAACGUGAAGCCGUUAGAAACUGGAAAGGCAUACCAGGAAGUUGACAUGAAAAAGAUAUGGUACCCGGAUUGGAAGGGUAACGUUGAUGACGAGGUUAACACAGCGUUCAUUAAAGAAGUUGUUGAUCGAGUCUGGGAUAAUGAAAAGUCAACACAGCGAUUGCGCGAAGAUCCAAACUCAAAAUCCGAGAUACUAGAUGCCGACUAUGACCGCCAGUUGAUAACCGAUUGCACGAAGGCGUAUUUCCGCAAUAUCCACAAGCAGUUUCUUGAGCAUCACAAUGAUGAUAAGGCUAGAAAAGCAACGGAACACAAGAAUCAAGGACGGCGGCGUUCACGUUGUCAGACGGUUAGUGCUACCAAAACUCGGCGAAAAGCAGCGGAGGCCUUUGGGAAGGAAUCUGGUCAUCCUGGUGUCCUGGCAAUGAUUGACACGGAUUUCGCAUCAGAUGUGCUGUCCUAUGGCUCAGACGCUGACCUUUCAGAAGACACCCUCAAAAGACGAAGGGAUGCUGACGUGGGAAAGGGCUACGUGGCCUUUGGGCGCUGGUUGUCGUUCAAGAAGUCGAAGGUCAAUAAAGGUCCUGAUGAACCUAACGAAGAGGCGCCGGCACCCAAACACCGCAAAGUUGUCAAGAAGAAAGUCAUCAAAUCGACUUUCGAUCUUGCACCGAGUAAGAUGCGCAGCGAACCUCCAGUCUCGGCCAAAAAGACCAUUCCCUUCCGAUCGAUGGUUUCUGAGAAGUGGCUGAAGAAAAAUCCAGGUAUCGUGUUGCUAGACGGCGGAGAGUGGCUGUCCAGUUUCUAUGGUGGGUUGAAGGAGGGUGAUAUCCACAAGGAUGACGCGAGGUUUCUGAAGGAGCUCGACGAGUGGCACAAGAAGGAUGAGUCGAGCAGUGACGAAGAGGAUCUCCCUGUCGCAGGCCCGUCCACCGGCAAUUAG